UCAAAGCAACAUGUCUGCGCCCUAUGGAUAAUGUGGAAGUAAACAAACAUGACAACCCAAUUAACCUUCCGUGUAAAAUAGGUGGAUCGGCUCGCCUGCAUCAUCAUUGGGUUGUAAUAACCGUUAACCAUGGCCUUGCGUUUUAGCAGCUUAAUUUUUCGAAAUUUUCUGCGGUGUUCUGUUAAAUUUCACAAAGCUGCGCCAGUUGAAAAUGCGUCAUGGUUUCCGAACACAGGAUCAGGUGGUGGUUUCGGCCGUCUGAGGACCAGUGGACAAAUUUAUCUUCACUUCACUCCCGUCUGUUUUAUUGCAUCGGAGGCGGUUUCGGAAAUGCUGGUACAAGGCAAAACUGUAGAAACACAUGACAGCCUUUGUCACCGUCCAGCCUCGGUUCCGCCUAACAACGUUGAGCAAAUGUCUUUGCUGGUUAACCAUCCGGAUCAACCUGAAAAUGCAAAGAUAUUGAAAGUGGCCAUCAUUGGUGCCCCAAAUGCAGGGAAAUCAACUUUGUCCAAUCAGAUCCUUGGAAGAAAAGUGUUUGCUGUGUCAAAGAAAGUACAUACAACUAGGUCUAGUGCUGAAGGCGUCCUCACAGAAGAUAACACCCAAAUUGUCUUACUAGACACUCCUGGUCUCAUUACCCCUUCGAAGGCAAAAAGGUACCAGCUGGAGAAGACUCUCCUUGUGGAUCCUUUUGAUUCAGUUCAGGAGGCUGACCUAGUUGUAGUCCUUAUUGAUGUGUCAGAAAAGUGGUCCUGCGAUAAACUGAACACCGAGGUGUUGAAAUGUCUGGCUCAGAAUCCAUGCAUCCCAGCGGUCCUUGUCCUGAAUAAGGUAGAUCUGCUGCGGGCUAAAAAUAAGCUGUUGGACGUUGCCACGGUCUUGACGGAAGGAAUGGUCAAUGGCAGGAGGAUGAGAGUGCGUUCAUGGUCCAGGUCGGGGCCUGAGACGGGCAGCCGAAACUCGAAGGUGACCGCAGACAGAGCAGAGACGGGCGCACAGGAGCCCACGGUCCUCUCCUCUCAGACACCAGCCGGGCCCCCCCGGGGCCUCCCUGACGGCAGCGGGCCUCAGGAGCUGAGCAAAGAGGAGCUGAGGCAGCUGGAAUCAAGACGUGGCUGGCCCCACUUUCGGGAUGUGUUCAUGCUGUCUGCCCUGGACGUAGAGGACGUGGAGGCUCUGAAGAGGUAUCUAGUGGUCGGGGCCAAGCCGGGGUCAUGGCAGUACCACAGUGGAGUGCUGACAGACCAGAGUCCGCAGGACAUCUGCACCAACGUUGUGAGAGAGAAGCUUCUGGAGUACCUGCCCCAGGAGGUUCCCUAUAGUGUCACUCAGGUUAUUGAGCUGUGGCAAGAGAAAGAAAAUGGCCAGCUGGAUAUACUGCUAAAGCUCUAUAUGCAGAAAGACAGUCACAUGAAAAUGGUGAUUGGACUGGGCGGUGAGAUAGUUGGUCGGAUCGCCCGGGAGGCUGGGGAGGAUCUGGCUAAUGUGUUCCUGUGUGACGUCAGGCUGAAGAUAUCUGUGCAUUUAAAAAAAUAAGAGUAUGAAGAGGGCGGGGAGCAGAAGACCUCCUCCCUCCCUUGUUUUUGGCUCUUCUGAGACUUGAUGAGGACAUCCUUAUUAACACAGACCUGUGUGCGUGUGUGCGUGCGUGCGUACACAUCUGUCCGUCUCUCUGUGCGUGUGUGCCACUGAACUGACAACUGUUCAACAGUUCAAAGGCGCUUGCUUCUGUGUGUCUGUGUGUGUGUGCAAAUUCAAGUGUCGAAUUGCAAAAGUAAGUUGAUGUAGCAGAGAUGCUGUAACUUCCCGGUGGGUCUGAUGUGUGAACCUUAAGCCCCUAAAGUGCGGGGACUGGUAGGUCAAGAGGACGGUGGCUGACAGAGUUGCUGAUAAUUCUGGGUGUGAGAGGCGGAGGGUGUUUGGGCUGGGGGGCAGGGGUUGGUCGAGCUUUUGAAAAAGGUUUUUAUUUUAUUUUAUCUGUGCCACAGCAGCCCUUGGAAUCAGCCCCUCACCAGUAGUGUCCAGCUAACCAGAGUGCCUGCAGAUAAAUAUAUUGGUUGUGGCACAUUCAUGAGCUGGGAUCAGCCCAUAGCCCCAGUGGUCUAUCCCUAUCCCCCUCUCUGUCUUUUUCUCCCCUUCCCCCGCUCUCUGUCCACCCCCCCCCCCCCCCCCCCCUUUUUAAAGCUAUAAUGUAAACACUCAGUCCCAGAGUACUGAAUUACCUCCUUAAUGGAAUGCAACCUGCCCCACAAAAUGGGUCAGAUAAUACAGAUCAGCAGGACUUUUGUCCUUUAGCGUUUAUGGAGACUUCAUCAAGGCCAUCUUGAUGAAUAACUGGAGCAGGCAGCCCAAAGCCAGCGUACAGAGCGGUUCCUGCUUUGUGAGCACCCCAGUGUCAUUCCAGUUCAUGCAGCUGAGUAGAAGCGGCCAUUUUGUUUGACUAACCAAAUGGUUCAGUUGAGGCCUCGGCCAAGGCUAUAGGCCCCAGUCUCCUCAGGGGACUUUUGAAAGCCAUCAUACAAAUCGGAGGACCCUGUGAUAUAAAAUGUAGGUAUCUAUGACAAUACGGAGUCUGAAUGCCUGUAAAAUAAACUACGAAUAAAUAAAUAAAAUUUUUGGUCUUAAAAAAACGAAACAAUUACACUGAAACUCAAUAAAUAUCUUCGUAUUAA